AAUGUCUCCUCUGUCUCCUUGGAGAAACGCACCUCAACAUCAUCGCAAUCAACUAAUCAUGCUGGUUCAUCAAGUAGAGCGCGUUUGAUCUUUGCUUUUCUGGUUCGAAAUUCACUGUCAUGUUCGGAUUAAUAAAAAAAAGACGACGACCCAAGAGAUUCUGAUCCAACGCAGUUUGAUCAGAACAAACCAAGAACGAUCCAACCCAAGUUCCCGUGCUCCUUGAGUUGGACUAAUGCACCUCGUGGAAUAUAAAAAGGCCGAGAAAUUGGUCGUCCACCUGGAUUCCAAGUACAUUCAGUAUCCAGAUGGGUAAGAUUGUCGCCGAUCUCGAUCCUCACGGUUCUUGAAUUUUAUUAAUUAUUGCCAAGAAGCUGGGCGAUGGUGGGCACACGACGCACUUGGCUUCUUGGCAAUGGCAAGUAGACCCAAGAUUUGCUCCAAAACCUUCCAGUGGCAGUAGUUCUUCUAGGGUUUGAUUCUUGGACGAAGCAGUUCGAUGGAGGCGGUGAACAAAGAGGAGAAAAGAACGGGGGAAGGAUCAACUAUGUCGUCGUCUCCUUCGCCGAAUGGUGCUUCCUUCUCUUCACCACCUCCUGUGCCUCCGAACGAUGAAUCUUUGUUUUUACCUUCAACUGAGGCGACCCCCACCACCACCACCACCACGACCCCGACCGCGACCACGGCCGCCCCCGUUGGUGAAGACCCAUCUCCAUUUUCUUCAUCCCCAGAAGCUCAAAUCUCGUGGCCGCCGGAUGGGAAGCUAACUCUCAAUUGGGUCUUGGAUUUGAUGUCCAAAUUCGAUUGGGCAUCAAGAAAUCUCACUCCUUCAGAAUUCCCAACUGUCCUGCCCGUCCAGGUGUUUGAUCGCCUCGUCCUCACUGCCUCCAAGAUUCUGCACAAAGAGCCUAACCUUGUGAGGGUCGAUCUUGAUGUCGAUGACGAGCGUGACAAGGACUGUAGGGUGGUUGUUGUUGGUGAUGUUCAUGGGCAGCUUCACGAUGUUUUGUUCCUGUUGAGGAGUGCUGGUUUUCCUUGUGAAAAUCGGUUCUUUGUGUUUAACGGGGAUUAUGUGGACAGAGGGGCUUGGGGUUUGGAGACUUUCUUGCUCUUGUUGGCUUGGAAGGUUUUUAUGCCAGAGAGAGUUUUUCUUCUCCGAGGGAACCAUGAAUCAAAAUACUGUACUUCUGUUUAUGGUUUUGAGCAAGAAGUUUUGGCGAAAUAUGGUGAUAAAGGAAAGCAUGUCUAUAGGAAAUGUCUGGGAUGUUUCGAGGGGCUCCCUUUGGCGUCAAUCAUUGCAGGGCGUGUAUAUACAGCUCAUGGAGGACUUUUCCGAAGUAUACCCGUCACACCAUCAAAGAGAUCGAAGGGAAAAAAGAAUCGCCGUAUAAACUCAAAUCCUGAAGUUAGUACUUUAUCUCUUGGUUCCUUAGAAGAAUUAUCUAAAGCUAGGAGAUCGGUUCUUGACCCUCCAUGGGAAGGGUUGAAUCUGAUUCCAGGUGAUGUGUUGUGGUCAGAUCCAUCAAUGACUCCCGGUCUUUCUCCGAACACAGAGAGGGGCAUUGGAUUAUUAUGGGGUCCGGACUGCACAGAGGAGUUUUUGAAGCGAUAUCAACUAAAGUUAAUUAUUAGAUCACAUGAAGGACCUGAUGCGAGGGAAAAGCGAAAUGGUCUUGCAGGAAUGGACGAGGGUUAUACAAUAGAUCAUGUUGUGGAGUCAGGGAGGCUAAUUACGCUAUUUAGUGCUCCAGAUUAUCCACAGUUUCAGGCAACAGAGGAGAGAUACAAGAACAAGGGGGCGUACAUUACCUUGGAACCUCCUAAUUUUGAUAACCCUACUUUCGACAGUUUCGAAGCAGUUGCACCUAGGCCAAAGGCAAAACCAUAUUAUGAUUAUCAGGAUGUGAUAGAUUCCGACGAGGAAUUGGAUCUGACAGCAAUGGUUUCUGAACCUUGAAGGAUCCGGGAACCAGUUUCGUGAGUCUGAACUUCAUCUAGCUGGAGUAUGCUUCCUCGCGAAUUUUUUCCUAUGGAAGCUAUAAAGAGCUCUCGUAUAUUUUGUGGGUCAAGCAGCUUCACGGGUGUAGAGUUAUCAUAGAGAAUCGUCGUAGUGAUUCUUUGUUGCGUUGAUAAUACGUAUUUUCGGGGUUAUUUAUUUCCGAUAAUACAAAUUUCAGAAUUGCGUCGAUAAAUUACAUAUAACGGCUUUUGAAGACACAAUAGUUGCUCCCUUACCUUUGUGUUUCCCCCUCUUGUGUCUGUGAGGAGCAAUAAAGUGGAAUACUUGCUGUUUGCUUUUA